AUGUCCUGGUACCGCAACACCGUGUGGUUCGUGAAGGGGCUGCGGGAGUACACGAGAGGUGGUUACGAGUCUGCUUCCAAGCACUUCAACCCAGCUGAUGUGGAGGUGGAUGUGGCUGGAAGAUCCUUCCUGGUCACUGGUGCAAACAGUGGCAUUGGCAAGGCCACGGCCAAGGAGAUAGCGAGAAGAGGUGGCACGGUUCAUCUGGUUUGCCGAAAUAAAGAACGGGCUGAAGUUGCCAAAGAGGAAAUAGUGACAGAAACGGGCAAUCAGAAUAUCUUCUUGCAUAUUGUGGACAUCUCUAAUCCCAAGGAAAUAUGGAAGUUUGCUGAAAAAUUCCAGAAUGAACAUAAAUUAAAUGUGUUGGUCAACAACGCGGGAUGUAUGGUGAAUAACAGAGAGUUAACUGAAGAUGGACUUGAAAAAAACUUUGCAACAAACACUUUGGGUACAUACAUCAUGACAACUGCCCUGGUGCCCCUCCUGGAAAAAGCAGCUGAUGCCAGAGUGAUAACUGUCUCUUCUGGGGGCAUGCUAGUUCAAAAAUUAAACAUAUCUGACUUGCAGUCAGGAAAUGGGCCAUUUGAUGGAACUAUGGUGUAUGCACAGAACAAGGUACAAGAAAGACAGCAAGUUGUCCUGACAGAACAGUGGGCAAAGGCUCACAGAAACAUCCAUUUCUCCGUGAUGCACCCCGGCUGGGCAGACACUCCAGCUGUGAGAUCAUCCAUGCCUGAUUUCUAUGAGAGGAUGAAGAACUCGCUGCGCACAGAGGCCCAAGGAGCUGACACCGUCCUGUGGUUGGCGGUGUCAGCUGAAGCAACAAAGCUGCCCAGUGGCUUGUUCUUCCAAGACAGGCAACCAGUCCCUACACACUUACCCCUAGCAUACACUCACAGUCCACCAGAGGAUGAAGAGAAACUAAUGGAGGUGCUGGAAGAAUACUCCCAGAAGUUUAAAUCCAUUUCUCCAGGAAUGUAGUGUCUCUGCUGAUACAGUGUCACUGUAAAUCUUGUAAUUGCACAGUAACCUGCUGUUGAGGGGAAGUAGGAUUCCACAGGCCUGUUAAAAACGAAUUAGAUUCAGGUGUUCGCAUUAUGAGGCAGUAGAGUGGCACCUGUAUAAUUUUUUCUGCUGCCAAGUCUCUCCCACUGUGAAUGUGCAGCUUCUGCCUCAAGACACACUAAGGUUGUGCUCUUUGGAUAGAACGAGAAAUUGAAAGGCAUUAAAAUAAACCCUAUUAAAGUUUGUAAAGUUACCUAGAAUAAUUUAAAACACUCAACAUAGAGAAAUGCAGAGGAGUGUACUUUAAGUAGUGUUUGUGAAGGACUUCAGGAAAGAAGUGGGGGUGUUUUAAACAACUUUUAACUGCUGUAUUUGACAGGCUGGUGGUUUCCUUCACUGCAUGAGGGUGACUGGGCUCAAACAUAUAACUGGGAAUGCAGAAACUCUUGCAGAGCCUGCUUAGUUUAAAGGGAAGGAUUCCUCACAGCCUUCUAUAAAUUAGUGCCGGUAUGCAGAAGUGAUCUGUUUCCUCAUGUUUAAACAGCAAGAAUUUAGGAACACUGCCAAAUGCCUUCUGUAUUACUUUAUGGAGCCAGGGCUAAAUAUUAUCCCAUUUAUGUCAAAAUACCAUGAAGUAGGAGGUUUCAACACAACACACCCAGACAUGGCUGGAUCCAGCAGAGAAAUGGCUGCAUGACUGUAAGCACAAAAAGAAACAACAUGCUAAGCUGUACCUGCUUGCCAUUUCUGUGAGAGAUUAAAGGCAAUUGUUCUAUCAUUAUGAAGGGAUUAAGAGGGAAAAAGAACACUGGUGGGGCACAGGUUUUAGAGGAGAAUCCUCUUCUGAUGAGAGACUUGUGUUUUGUCUGGAUCUGUUUACUUCAGACACAGAGGACAGGAUUCAUCUUAUCUGAUCUGUGCACAUUUGAAUUACUUGCUGAGUUUCUCAUUGUAAACUGGUAAAGGGAAAACCAGGCUUUUUCUCAGGGAUCAACUGGAUCUAGUUUAAGAAACACCACCUACAGUGCUGCAUCUUUCUAAUAGUGCUGAAGACAAGCAGCUCAGACUAAGAUAUUCUGGUCGGACUCAUUUUGUCUUAAUUAUUUCAGAUUUACUGCAUAGCCAAGACUAUUAUUAACAAAGGUAACACCUUUUCUCUUGAACUGUGUUUAUUAACCAACUGCCUCCAGAACCCAGCAAAAUUGCUGCACUGUUUCACAUGCGGCUCACACCAGUGUGGUAGGACCAAGGACCUAAACACAAAUAUAACACAUGUGUUCUUGAGUCUCUGCAGUGAGUGGCAGCUAAAGACUGCUGGUGGACAGAGGAGAGCUCUUCAUGUCUGGUUUACGUAAUUUAAUUUCCUCCUGGCUGACAGGACUUCCUCAUUAUUCAAAGAUCUCCUAUUAAGUAUCAGUUUAAGGGAAAAAAUGCUUUUUUCAGCCUACUGUCAAUCUCCAUAAAGACUUUACUGUCAGAGAGGCCCUAAGAAAAAUUUUCCCAUGAUAAACAGUGCUGAGACAAGUCAGGCUGUCACAGCUCUUCCUGAAGAGGCUGGGUCAGCAUUCAAACUAUUGCCUCAUUUAUAAACUUAACUCCUCCUUGCACUACAGUGAAAGAAAACAACAGCAAGGCUUGUACAGAGGUUUAUUUCCUGCAAAUCUGGUACUAACAUUUUCUAUGCUUUCAACUGUUAUAUACAGUUACCUGAAACUAGAUAAGGGCUGGAAGCAUAUAUAGUAACUACAUUUCUUAACCCAAUAGCUGCAAGGCUAAUAAAAAUAUUUGCAUAUUUACGUCGGUGUGCUUCUCAGCUAUGCAGUACAGAAGAAAAAUUUAAUGACUGGUAUUUAAAUAGUUCAUAAAAGUAAGAACUGUGCACUGUAUAUGUAUGUAUUUAACACAGUUUAGUACAUAUUCUGCACUAGUGUAUUUGAAUAGCCUGUAUUUUCUAUUUUGUGUCACGGUUUAAAAAUGAAGUCAAAGUUAACAAAACUGCUUUAAUCGAAGUUUGGUCACAGUGUCAAAGAGCAAUAUGCUAUGGUUUAAGAGCACUUUUGAUUUAAAAGGAACAAAACCACAGGAACAGCAACUGGAAGCAAAGUCCAGAGUGUCACACACUUUGGUAUUAUGUUCCUGCUGAUGCUUCAUUUCAGCCCAAUUCCACAAGAGCAAACAUGGCAUGUGGCUGCGAGCCAGUGAGAGGAUUUGUGUUAAUGCAAUCCAGAAAGACUUGCACCUUCACGUAAGUGAAUGCAUUCACAGACUCACAGAUUAUGCUGAGGCAGAAGGGACCCACAAGGAUCAUGGAGUCCAACUCCUGGCCCUGCACAGGACACCCCAGGACUUCCACCACGUGCCUGAGAACAAUGUCCAAAUGCUUCUUGAACUCUCUCAGGCUUGGUGCUGUGACCACCUUCCUGGGGAGCCCAGGGCUCAACCACUCUGAGUGAAGAACCUUUUUCUAAUAUCCAACCUAAACCUCCCCUGACAGCCUCAGGCCAUUGCUUUGGGUCCUGUCACUGGUCACCUGAGUAAAGAAAUCAGUGUCUGCUGCCUGCCCUCCCCCCCACAAGGAAGUUGUAAACUGUGAUUAGGUCUCCCCUCAGUCUUCUAUUCCACUUCUAAAACUUUAUGAGCAAAAUAAAAAUAGCAUUCAGUGACAGAUGACCAGAAAAUUAAGGUGGCACAGGUCCUUGCUAAGCAGUGCACACUGGGAGUUUGAGAGCACACCUGGUUCAUGGGAGUAGAAUGACAAACACAGCAGCUGUUCUUUUCUUUUGCUGUGCAUGUGCAGCCCAACUCUUUUGUUGCAGUUUUGAGGCUUUUAUGACUGACCUCACUCUGACGGCAUCACAUUUUUUCUUCGUUUCAUGAAGUCACCUAAUUGGGAAGUUUUUGCUCUCAGAGAUCUUGCACAGGAAUGUAGGACCACAGAGCACAUGUGGAGUUGGUCAUUUCCCUACAUCCUAAUGGAAAGAUAGCCCAUCAUUAGUGCAGCAGGGCUGACUGCCCCUGUGAUGCAGGGGCCACUGCAACUUCUCUUUUUGUCCUGGAUGAAAAUUUUUAGGAGGUCAAUGUAACAGGUAUCAAAACAAUUUUUUAAACUGCAUUUUGUCAUAAGUUUAAUUUCUGCACCC